AUGAAGCAUUUCUGUCCUUGGAAAUUAGACACACAGCUCGCCCUUUCUUUGCUGCUGCUGCACCAGCUGCAGCAGCAGACGCAGCAGCAGCAGCAGCAGCGGCAGCAGCAGCAGCAGCAGCGGCAGCAGCAGCUGCAGCAGCGGCUGCAGCAGCGGCUGCAACAGCAGCUGCAGCAGCAGCUGCAGCAGCAGCUGCAGCAGCAGCUGCAACAGCAGCAGCAGCAAAAGCAUCUCGGCAGCUGCAGCUGCAGCAGAAACAGCUGCACUAGCAGCAGCAGCUGCUGCUGCAGCAGAAACAGCUGCACUAGCAGCAGCAGUUGCUGCUACAGCAGAAGCAGCUGCAGCAGCAGCGGCUGCAGCGACGAGGCAGCUGCGUGCUUUGGAACUUGUGUCUCACUAGCAGCAGCUGGGAUCGGCGGCUCUGCUGCAGAUGUGCAAGAAGAUGCAUGCAAAGAUGAGGGGCCGCGCAGUGGGGUGUACGUACACCCCGGAGUAGCUCAGCAGCAGCAGCUGCUGCAGCAGCAGCAGCAGCAGCAGCAGCUCUUCUUUUCAAAUAUGUAA